UGUUGCAAUACAAAGAUGAAGCUGUUCGCCGUAUUGUUCCGCCGAGGUGGGCAGCGCUCGCGCGGCUGUGGCGAAAGGGCGGCGGCGGUUUGAAGCCGAGCGGCAGCGAGAUGAGGAGCAACAUGUCGGCGUGAGGACGUUUUGUUCUUCGUGCUUCCAAAAAGAACUCCUGUCGGCCAGGUGCGUGUCCUCAGCCAGCUACCUAGCCUCCCUUCUCACCUUCACCACCGCUGGGGAGGUAGCCAUGGCGACCAGCGCCUUGCCAAGUGACAACCUGCCAACGUACAAGCUGGUGGUGGUGGGGGAUGGUGGUGUCGGGAAGAGUGCCCUCACCAUCCAAUUUUUCCAGAAGAUCUUUGUGCCGGACUACGAUCCCACGAUAGAGGACUCGUAUCUCAAACACACGGAGAUCGACGGGCAGUGGGCCAUACUGGAUGUGCUGGACACAGCCGGCCAGGAGGAGUUCAGCGCCAUGAGGGAGCAGUAUAUGAGGACAGGGGACGGCUUCCUCAUCGUCUACUCUGUGACGGACAAGGCCAGCUUUGAACACGUGGACCGAUUCCACCAACUCAUAUUACGGGUCAAAGACCGGGAGGCCUUCCCCAUGGUGUUGGUCGCCAACAAAGUGGACCUGGUCCAUCUGAGAAAAGUCACCAGUGACCAGGGCCAAGAGAUGGCUGCCAAACACAACAUAACUUACAUUGAAACCAGUGCCAAGGAUCCUCCAAUGAAUGUGGACAAAGCCUUUCACGAGCUUGUUCGUGUUAUAAGACAACAGGUGCCAGAGCGGCACCUGAAAAAGAAGAAGAAGAUGAAGUGGAGAGCGGAGCGCUCGGCGGGUUCCCACAGGUUCCACUGCGCCAUAUUGUGACCUCCCUCGUCCGGCUCAUCCUUCGUAACGUGCACACCCGCACUCCUUUUGGGUGUCCUGGAACCCCCCCCACCCCCCAGCAGGUUGCCUCCUGGAGCACAAAAGGGUCGUCGGAACGGCGGGAGCGUGAAGUGAAACUGAAGCGUCUGCUCGGAGUGAGAGCUGAGCCCUCUCUCCUCAAUUUGUGCUCCCCUUUUUGCAAACAUGCCCCCCCCCCCCCCUCUCCUGAGUCACCGGACGCUUUCUCACCCCACCGAUCUCAUUUCAAAUGUGACAGUGGGCCGACAGGAGGGGAAGAGACCGGCUCCACUUUGACGUGGGGGACUUCUGUCUUCCUGAGCGAGGGAGGCACCUCGUUUACACAAGAGAGUUGCAAAGGGGGGUUUUUGGUGGGGGAAAUGGAAGCCGCGUGGCUGGGGGACUUGUAGGUCAUGUGAUGCUCUGGUUUUGAAAUGUCAGUCGAGAGAGGAGAGGAGGACGUGAUGCUGAGAACGUUUUUCCAGGUGAGCGCUGUGGUCCUGAUUGAAGUGUUUCACAGGUGGGAAUCGUAAAGGAGAGCUUGGCUGGCGUGUGUUAAAUAACAAGACGCUGAUGUGUCAGCGGCCAUGUUUACAGAGGUUUAUUUUCUCAUAACGACACCGAGCAAGUGAUUGAAAUGAGCACUGUUUAUUUAUGGUGCCUCCUCAGUCAUUGUCUAUGGCGCAAUGAGAGCAGUCUUCACCAGUACUGUAUGGACAAUAGCCCAUAUAUAUAUUUUGGGUCUCUGUAGUCUUAACACAGUUCUGUCUUCAUAACUAAUUACUUUCAAUGUUUUCUGUAAAGAAAUCAAAUCCAUUAUAUUUGAUAUUAAAGGGUCUAAUUAUAGGUGGCAAUGUAAACAAAUUCAAUGCUGUUUUACAAAAGGUCUGCAGGAUGGAAUCCAAUAGAUAAGGGACAACGGCUGGAGAAGCUGAUUUGCACUGGCCACUAACCAAAAUAAUGUGAUGUCACUUUAUUGAAAUCAAGGGGCUAUUAAAGACCGCACCGCUGAAUUCAGGACGAGAUGCGCUCGGUAAAGGAGGAACACACAUUCUGUGGCCCCGGCAAUACGCUGGAGUCGGGCCGCCUGUCUGGAGCAGGUACCAUGUGCCCCCCCCCCCCCCCCCCCCCACCUCGGGACGGCUCAAGGCCAUGCUUACCUGGCUGGUUCAUGGAAACACGCAAAGCAACAAGACAUUGAGUAUGUUCCACCCUGCAGCCGGGAGCGAGGUAGGAAUGUACCAUUUAAUAACCUAUCAAAUGGCUCGUACUGUUAACGCACUAAAGUUUCGGUGGACAAACUAUUUUUAUUUGUCUGGAAGAAUACCGUCUCUUGAAGGAAUACAUUUUUGCACUUUUAAUACAAUUUCUGACUUUCCUAUUGCCAUUGUUUUCCGUUCAAACCUGGCACAGUCAAAAUAAUUUGAAGGUAAAAUCGAAUCACAAAAGAAGCAGCGAGGCAGUUGUAGCUGUGUGUGCCGGUCGCCUCGGCAACCGUUGUGACCAAUUAACUAGAUUUGAAUUUAAUAGUUUGAAAGUUCUAUGUUUCUCCGUUAUUGAAUGAUGUACAAAUUCACCUCAGCAUGAAAGUGGGGGGAAAAAUAAAUGAACCUCAGUGAAAGAAGGGCAUCGGCUUUGAUGUACGGUUAAAGGAACUUUAAAGAGUUUCCAGAGGACGACGGAUCGUCAACUCGUGUGUUUGAAAAUGUUGCAUUGUGGAUGUUUGAUACCAUUUUGUAUUGAUAUAAUUCUUGCAAAGUGUUUUUUAAAACAACGGAAUAAUUUAUUACUGUCUGUUACCUCAGCGUGUCCCGGAUCUGGACAAAAAGCUAAGAC